GCCCACCAAAACAAAUUCCUUCAAAAGAGAGGUUUAAAGAGAAAAUACACAGAUCUAAAUGUUGUGGGGGCUAAAAUAGCCAAAACGGAACAAUCUAUCGAAAAAUUUGAGAAACAUUUAGCAAUUCGCACUUGUCCGAUCUCUUUGCAGUAUUCGGCGAAGCCAAAUAUCACAACGGACAUAAUCUUCAAUAAAGAAGUAAAAGAAAUAAAACAACAAGCUCAACAAGGCUUAGUUGAUGCCUUGACUAGUUUUCACAAAAGAAGGCUCGAGAGCCAAAGAAAAGAGCUAACUACGAACUCUCAGCUCGUAAGAACAAACAUGUAA